UAUCGUAAUGGGUUCAGCAGGUGGAGCCCUAAUCCUGAAAUGAGAUGAACGUGAGAUUGACAGAGCCGCUCAAAAACAGCUCCGCUUCAAGUUAGCUUCAACAAUGAGAUAGUUAGACAGAUGAAGUCAACAAGUCUCGCUUACUUUUUAGUCUUGUCUUCAAUUAUAGACGCGCAUCGCUGAGGCGUGUGUCAGUGUAUGUGUGAGAGAGAAGUUAACCAUCUUUUUUAGAGUUGUCAAGAUAUUUCAUUAGCCUGUAUCAACAACCUUUUUGUCAAGUGUGCUGUUGGACCAUUCAAGAGGAACACAUGAAUCGCAAAAUUGGUGCACAUGUUGCUCACUUGUUGCAUUUUAUUCGCUAAUUAAUAUCAGUGUGGAAGACUUCAUUCGUCAAGAUGGUAGAAAACGGAUCGCAAAAGUGUCAGAUAGCCUAGUGACUGAGAUGGACCUAUAGAAUCUGGAACUGAAAUAGAGACAGAUGGACCUGAAAUAAGUGUUUCGACAGUGACAGUGGAUGUGCAAGUUCCUUGCUAGGCUUAGUCACCACUCCGGACAGAGUGGCCCAUGGACCUGCGUACCCAGAGGUUGGUGCGUCCCGAGCCUGACUCGGUUAUGCUGGCACCCCACCACUCCCUCUUCCUGGGAGCAUUCUCAGCCCAGGACUCCCAGAAGCACCUGCCACAGCACAUCCACUACGAGUAUGACAUGGAGCAGAGUCGCCAGGAGAAAGAGCAGGACAAGAGACAGGAACUGCAGCAGCUGAUGUAUAAGGAUAAGAGUGAGCAAAGUGCUGUGGCCAGUCCCCUGGUGAAACAGAAACUCAGAAGCCAAAUCCUGAAGAGGACGGAGCAGGCCGCCCUGGAGACGACCGCCUCCAACCCCACCAGAAACACGCCCAGGAGUUACAGGGAACUGGCCCCAGAUCCUGACAUGCCCCCAAAGCCUCACAUGGUGACCCCUGUUGUCCAUCAUCCACCAUGUGACCAACGCAAGGACACGCCCCUCAGAAGAACAGUCUGUUGUCCCCACUUGCUUCAAGAUGUCCACCAUUGUUCCUGUACCCAAGAAAGCGAAGCUUCUGAUCCCCUCCUGAAGGUGAGAAGUAAACUGAAGAAGCACAUCAACUCCAGGCAGAACCCUCUCCAACGCAAGACCAGCACCCCGCCCACAAUCAAGCCUAGAAUGCCGGAUACUCUGGACUCCUCCCCCAGCAGCAGCACAUGUAGCACUCCAGUGUCUGGGUGCAGCUCGCCCAAUGACAGCCUUCUCUCGGACAGCCCACUUACUACCGGACUAACCCACGUGGCUCAGAGGUUGCUACUCCAGGAUGGUACGCUGGCCCACUUCAUGGUGCCCUGCUCCACCGCACUGCCGAGCAUCAGCACCGGGCUUCCUGGCCAUGGUGAUUGGGAAACGGGUAGUUAUCAGAGGGUGGCCAGGGUACUGCCCCAGGUCUACCUGCCCAUGGAGAGACACAGUGCUGCCCACCAUCACCUGCAGCCCAUGUUCAUCCUGGAGCCCUCAGGACUGCUGCAUACACAGCUAGUCACUGUGCGAGGUCUGAACCCAGGCCUUAUCCAGUACCCCUCCUCCAGACUGGAAGGCCUGGCCACCUUGGGUCCCCACAGGCCCCUGGGUCGGACCCGGUCUGAGCCCCCACUGCACUCUCACCAGCAGCACCAGCUACUGCAGCAGAACCACAAUCUGCUGCUGGAGAGACUCAAACAAAACACACACCUGGACCAGCCUCGUCUCACACAGAUCUCCUCGGAGGACAUGGACCCAGCGGAGAUCAGGUUAGGGGAGGAGGAUGGAUACCAGAGAAGUAGACAGAGUAGAACCAGCAGCUCUGAGUCAAUGUGGGACACAGAGUAUACAUCCUCACGAGACAGCCAUGGGGAACAUAUCAGGAAAUACACACCUCUGGUGAAUCAGUCAUUCCAUUGGGAGCAGUCCAGGCACCUUCAGGUCCUGACAGAAAGGCACAGACCGGUGACCUACCUGGACCCCCUGGGUGUGCCUGUGGUUCUUGGCCCUUCCCACCGCCCCCUUGGCCGCGCAAAGUCCUCCCCUACCUCCACCUCUCUUCCCCCUCCUCCGCAGCCCACAGACACCCCGCUGUCUCUAGCCAGCACUGGUCCAGAGACCCCCACCAAGCUACAAUUCACCACUGGUCUGGUGUAUGACUCUCAGAUGCUAAAGCACCAGUGCACCUGUGGCGACAACAGCCGACACCCAGAGCAUGCUGGGAGAAUCCAGAGCAUCUGGUCCAGAUUGCAAGAAAGUGGCCUCAGGAACCAGUGUGAGUGUAUCUGUAGCAGGAAGGCCUCUCUGGAGGAGCUUCAGUCUGUCCACUCCGAGAAGCACGUCCUGCUGUAUGGCACCAACCUACUCCAUCGUCUCAAACUGGACAACCGCAAGCUGGCUGGGAUCUUAUCUCAAAGGAUGCGUGUGAUGCUACGAUGUGGAGGAGUUGGGGUGGACAAUGAUACGAUCUGGAACGAGAUGCACACAUCAACGGCGUCUCGCUUGGCAGCAGGCAGCGUGACGGAGCUUGCACUCAGGGUGACACAGGGAGAGCUGAAGAAUGGCUUUGCAGUGGUGAGGCCCCCUGGACAUCAUGCAGCCCACUCUACCCCCUUGGGUUUCUGCUUCUUCAACUCCGUGGCCAUCGCAGCCAAGCAGCUCCAGCACAAACUCGGCGUCAGCAAGAUCCUCAUUGUGGACUGGGAUGUUCACCAUGGGAACGGUACCCAGUCGGUCUUCUACAACGACCCCAGCGUGCUGUACAUCUCCCUGCAUCGCUAUGACAACGGCAAAUUCUUCCCCGGUAGCGGGGACCCAGCUGAGGUGGGAGUAGGAGCAGGUGAGGGCUUCAAUGUCAACGUGGCGUGGACGGGAGGCUUGGACCCCCCCAUGGGCGACGCAGAAUACCUAGCAGCAUUCAGGACUGUGGUGAUGCCGAUUGCCUAUGAGUUCUGUCCUGACGUGGUGCUGGUCUCAUCUGGUUUCGAUGCCGUCGAGGGACAUCUGGCGCCACUGGGGGGCUACAAAGUGUCAGCCAAGUGUUUUGGUUUUCUAACACGGCAGCUGAUGGGGCUGGCAGGGGGACGGGUUGUCAUGGCGCUGGAGGGGGGUCACGAGCUCACGGCCAUCUGCGAUGCCUCUGAGGCCUGUGUCAGGGCCCUGCUGGGCAUCCAGGAACCCCUGUCUGAAGCAGUCCUAGAGAGGAGACCCUGUCCCAAUGCUGUCCUCUCUCUGCAGAGAGUCAUCCAGGCCCAGGGUGAGUACUGGCGGUCGUUGAGGGUGGUGGCCCACACAGUGGAUCAGUCAUACAUGCAGGCCCAAGGACACAGUCUGAGACGUGGCUCAGAGGACCACAAUGACACCGUCUCUGCCCUGGCCUCUCUCUCCAUGGCCAGCCUCACCACAAACAGGACACAACCAGAUGAACUUAUGGAGGGGGACAGAGACUCCAUGUAGACAAGUGCACUUUCCGACAAACCUUACACACACACACACACAUACACACACACACACACACACACACUGUGAUCCACUCAGUCCUGCUUUACUUGACCAGAAUCCACUGUCUCCAGUUGACACUGUACAGACCAUAUCCUGCCCACUAUAGGCAAACUGAGUAGCUUCCGUCUCUCACACUCUUACACCUCAUCAGAACACAGUUCUACUGGCCUUACUACGACCACUCGCUUGAUUCGACCGCAUCUCAACCGCACACUGAUAACACAUCCCAUUAACAGGGUACAGGAGGACCAAGAGAGAGGAGAAUGAACACUGUCUUCAUGACAUGCCUCUGCAUGCCUCCCUCGUGUGUAACAUUGUGAACUGUGAGGACACAGAAGGAGAGGAGUAGCAGACCUGAGCAUAAACUGGAGGGGGGAAAGAUAUACCAUUAUAAACACCACCGGGGGGGAGGGGUUGAGGCUUGAACUUGUAGCGUGAAGUGACUUGACAAAGACCAGCUACAUGACUGGCUGUAAGCAGAGUCUCUCUGGGGAAGUGAGCUUCUUGUUUAGCCUUCGGUCACAGGUUACCACUGCACAUCGCCAGGCCGACAGAACCGAAUCACACAGAGAAGUAGGAAGUAGUCCCACGUCCCCACAGAAGUUACUAUGAAGGAGAACAGACAUCGCCCCCUCAGCGGGGGGACACAUUUCUUAUUGAUGAUGUCAUUUCAAUUUAUGUGACGCCAACAAAAUGAAGAAAAAGAAAGAAGACUGGGAAUUUUGUUCGGACUUUUUUUCACUGUGUAUUUUGUCAUGUGAACCAAAGAGAGAAUGACAGAAUGGACCUGCGAUUGACAAUCAAACAUGUAUAUUAUCAUACUCAUGUUUUUAAGCUGAUUUAAAUAUUGUAAGUUUGAUUUAUUGCGUAUUGUAUAUCAAAUGUCAAUACAUAAUGGUCAUGUUUUUUAAGUAGCAAAUAGAGAAGGCCUAGAACCCUGUGAUUCAGAAAUUUUCUAGUUGUUUUUCUUCCAAUGCAAAUGUGGGGUGUAAGACUCCCUCUCAGACAGCACUUAAGGAAAAAAUGAAGGUAUUAUUUAUAUCUCAAGUUGAUGACAUCCUCAUUCUUUGUCAUUCGAAUGAUAACAUUUAUUAGGAAAUGAAUCCAAUGACUCACUGUGACAAUUCAGGAAAUCAAUUGUUAGUGAGAGAGGAGUCAGAUUAAACAGAGUCAGAUUAAACAUUCCAAAUGUGUUUCAGGCAAGGACACACACACCGCCAUACGGUCCUACUCUACUCUCGGCCACUCACAAAGUGUUUAUGCAUGUGUAUGUAAAUCACCGCAUUUACAUGUUGUCAGCAGGGUAUUUCAACGUAAUGAAGGUCAAAUAUAACUAAUGUUGCUAGGUUCAAGGCAGAUUAUUAACACAGUUGAACUGACUUCAUAGUCUUAAACUCUGACUGGCACUUAAAAGCUGUCUGUUGACUUCACGGGACUCAAACAAAUCACAAAUGCACUUACAAUGUCUUAAAUGUUGGGAUUGUGUUUUAGUAAAAUUACACAUUUUUUACAUGUCUAUUCCACUCUGACAAUGCCUUUUUUUAAAUUGUUGUUCUGUUGUGAUUUCACAAAUACCAGUUUUUUAACAUGUGGAUUUAUUGACUUGCCUGUUGUAUUUUGUAUCUUUGAUAGGCUGUAUUUUUUAAUUCUUAGUUUUCUACUAUGAAAGACAAGUGAACAAGGAUUUGUUCAUAUCAGAUUAUCUACCACUCGAUUUACAAAAAAAAGUCAGGUAUUUUUGUUCCUGGACCAUACUGCAGUUAGCAUAUAACAUUUGAAGUUAGCACUUAGUUGUUGGAGUCAGCUUGUUAAGUUCUACAUACUAUAGUCAGUCAGCUUGUUAAGCUAGCUGACUAUAGUAUGUAGAACAAUUGAGCACAGGUUGAGAGAAGACAAAAGUUAAAAGCCUUCUGUGAACAGCAUCCCAUUCGUAAAGUGGUAUGGCCUCUGAACACAACUUCAAAGACUUUUGUGAAUUCCUGAUUGUAUUUGUAUUUAAACAGAGGUUUUUGUUCUUAAUAUUUAAAAAAUAUGGAUUAAAAAACUGCUUACAUUUCUUGUUAGCACUUUCCAUUAAAUAACGAUUUAUUUGUUACCCAUGUAAUGUUAUUGCAGUGCCUUGCUUAUGUAUCGUGUUAACAAAAUAUAUUUAUCUCACAGUGCUACAGAUUAAUUUGUACUAUAAUGUUGUAUUGUUCCAGUACUUUUUGGUGCUUUAUAAUAUACAUUAUAGAACCAAUACUUUACAUGAAAAGACCCUGCAAGAGGUAUAUGGUAUUUGACAUUGACAUGGUGAAAAGGUGAUUAUUGAUAAUGAAACAAUACAUUUGACUAUGAUUAUGUGGAACAAAAUGGCCACCAUGUAUUAUUCAUUUUCUUUCAGAAUGAUUCUGUGUUAUAUUUUAUCCUGCUUUAGGUUUAUUUCUGCUUUAAUUAAGUACUUUUGAGAACCCUGUUAUCUGUUUUCCUCAAUAAAAGGGAAAUAGAGUUUUCUCAGCAUA